UGGGGGCUGGAGUGUCAAAACUAACAAACAGGCAGUUUUCUCGGUGGGGGAAGGGACGCUGGUCAACGCCGAAAACACUUAGCAAACAUUUUAAUAGUGCAGGACUUCAAAAGUAAACUCUAUAAACCCUAUUUGACAUCGAUAUAUCCAUCGUCGGGAGUCCGGAGGAGAGGGAUAUGGCUCAGGAAACCAAUCAGACCCAAGUGCUGUGUUCGAAUGGUUGUGGGUUUUAUGGUAACCCGCGUAAUAACGGCAUGUGCUCUGUUUGCUAUAAAGAUUCUUUACAACGUCAGAACAACAGUGGCAGAUCCAGCGAUCCAGUGUCUUCCAGCUUAAGCAGUAAAGGAGAAUCUAUGACUGUACAAUCAACGUCACAGCAUGAACAAAACAGUCAGCGUUUCUUAACAUCAACACCAGCAGCAGUUACACAUAAAGACGGUGCUUCAGUAGCGGCUUCAUCAGGCCAGAAAACACCAGAAGUGCAGUGCAGUAAAUUGAUGAGAAGCAGUCUGGAGUCCAGCACAGAACAGCAGCUCACAGCGAGAAGCCCAUCGCUGGAGGAAAGCACAUCGAGAGGAAAGAGGAAACUCGAUGAAACCUGUCAACCUGUAGAAACCGUAUCUGCCUCAGCAUCAAGUGUGUCAGAGCAAACCUCAGAUGAACCCGAGCAAUCAAAACCCAAGAAAAAUCGCUGCUUCACUUGCCGCAAGAAAGUGGGCCUCACUGGUUUCGACUGCCGGUGUGGACAAUUAUUUUGCGGCAUUCACCGAUACUCAGAUGUUCACAGCUGUAGCUUCGAUUAUAAGGCUGACGCAGCUGAGAAGAUAAGGAAAGAAAACCCGCUCAUUGUUGGGGAGAAAAUCAAGAAGAUUUGAGCUAAACAAUUAUUUUUUUACUCCCUUUUCCACAAACAGGACCUUGAUUUGUGCAUGCUACAAAUGAAACACCUACGCAAAUUAGUUUUGUCCACUUGUUUCAUUUUUACCUCUCAAUCUGAUUUACUUACCAAGUACCGUGGUGCGUUAACCACUUAAUAUUUAUAUAAUUGCGUUAAUUACUAAAUGGCUUUUAGUUCAAACUUGGGCGGCUGUGCAUUUCUGGUAAUGAACCAAGCUUGCAUGUUAAAAAAGAAAACAUUGUCAGAAUGUGUCUUCAGUUUUUAUUUUAGUUAUUUAAUUUUUCUCAAUAAGGAUUGUAAGCAAGAAAAGGACGACGUCUAACUUUAAUAUAAACUUUUAUCAAUUACCAUAUUUGCUCCACCAUCAAAGGUUUAAAAAAAAUGAAGAGGUUUAUAAGCGAUUAUGAUUUAUUAUUGUGUGUGACUCCAGUCUUUGGUUUAUUGCACUUCAUUACAGACUGUGAUUUACAUUUUUCUUUUCUUUUCUUACAGUUCAUUUAUUAGAGUGAGUGAAAGUUGCGAGUGGUUUUAUUUAUGUUUGUGUAUUCACUUCGUUCAUGUUUAAUAAAGUUUUACACGUCACACUGUA